AUGUCAAUAGUAAGGAAAUGUGUUAAAGAUCAUUUAUGGUCCGCAACCCUCAAUUGUGUGGAAAAUAGCAAAACAUGGUGCCCGUGGUUUGCAGUUGAAAAACGUCCGGGUCUUUCAACAGAAUAUGUUAAUUCGACUAUUCCAAUGCUUUGGAGAUGUGGCAAAGGUCAUGAAUGGGCUACAACCCUUUAUCGAAUAAAAAAUAUGGGAAGAUGCCAUAAUAACAUUCUUGCAGAUUUCUUGAAAAUACAUUCUCAAGGAUUAGAACUCGAUAUUUACUAUCUACAGUAUGGAUUUGCUAUAGAGCUUGUAAGGAUUAUAAGCUUUGAUAUGGCAGUAUAUUUGGAAAACGCAUGUAAAUAUGUGGGUGCAGAUAAUUUACAUCGAGAAAAAGCGAUUAUGGAUGUUCUUAAGCUUCAUAUUUUUCACAAUCAAAGGUACAGCCAAGCUAUAAAACCACUCCAAUACAGCAUCGUUCCUUACGAGUCACAGGAAUAUUUCACUCCUAGCCAUUAUAAUGAAACUUUUUCUGAAGAGAUCAAAAUCAACCCAUCAUUUGAAUCUUACCUCGUCUCUGACAUCGAAGAUUUUUUUCAAAGAAGAGGGAAAUCUUUAGUAGAUGUCUUUGUUGAUAACAUUAUCCUGCUCAAUAUUAAUUCAUCAGAAAUGUGGGCGUAA